AUGGGCGCCGGCAGCUCUAAGCCCGCGGCUCCGGCCGACUCGAAGCACGUUUUCUCGAGCUCCUCCCCCGUCCAAUUCUCCGCCAACUUCGUUGACGGCCUCCAGUCCAACACCGAGACCGACUCCGCCCGCGCCCGCUCCCUCGAACUCCAAAUCCAAGAGCGCGUCGCCCAAGAACUCGAGCGCCUGCGUGCCCGCGAACAGCAAACGCUGGCCGAAAUCGAGAAGAAGCUGGCUGAAGCCAAAGACACCUCUUCCGCACCCACCUACGCUUCCGCCCCCAGCACUGCCUCCUACUACCCACCCGGAUCUCUGAACCUGGAUGCGCCCCGGAUCCCGUUCGCGGGGCGGGAGAGCUACUACACGGCCCCUCCGGCGGCGGUUGAAGCGGCGCAGCAGCCAAUCAACCGGGAACUGUCGCGGGAGAGUGUGAACAGUGAGAUCGAGGAGCUGCGGGCGAAGUUGGAGGGACGGAAGAAGUUGGUCGAGAUUGAUGCGGGGAUUGAGAAGGCAAGAUCGGAUGUGGUGAGUUGUUUGAGGUUGAAUGAUCGGAGGCCGUUGGAUUGUUGGAAGGAGGUGGAGGCGUUUAAGAAGGAGGUUGCCAGGUUGGAGGAGGGGUUUGUGGAUCGGAUCGUUGGGUAA